CUGUGGCAUUGAUGGCCUUGGUGUGUUUUUAAAACAUUAUUUUAUUGGCUCAUCAAAGACUUUACACACAUUUAAAACAAAUGGAAGUCUAGACCAGGAAAAUCUAGUUAAGCUUCCACUUUAAAUUCUCUCUUAAGAAUGCCAGUAAAAAUAUAGAAGCACUUGCAAAGGAUUCAUUUGGAAACUACUUGGCUUUUUAACCAUUAAAACUUUGAAAUAAUAAUACUCAACAGUUGGAAUAUGCCAAAUUGCAACCUAUGCUAGUUUAAAUUGUGUGACGCUGCCAUGGUUUUGUCUGGUGUAUGAUCUUUUAUAAAUGCUAAAUAGUUCUGCAGCACCAUUAAAAUUAAUGACCGAACAAAACGUAAAAUAUUUUUUUUUAAACCCAGUUCAUCCAGAAUUGCAAUGUUUGAAAACUUCUCGUAUUGCCCUUAUUUUAAAAAAAAUGCACAAGUAUGAUUUUAGUCUAACCAUAACAUCGAUUUGAAUGAACAAAUCCACCCAUGGCUAUACAUAUCAAACAUUUAAAAUCUACCGUAAAAGGACCAUUGCUCCAGUGUCAAAUAACGGAAUGAUUUCUCCAGUAAAAAACGCGUAUUAACGAUAACCGUGAUGUAAACUCAUCACUGGGUGCGCUUCGUUGGAAUAAAAAAAAAAUAGGAAUCGGUCUGGUCCAUAUAGCCUUUCCCCGCAAAUGGAACACACCGUUGCCCCCCUAAACAUUCUUGUCGACGCGUCUGUGCGAGGCUGUACCCCUGUUGUGUCAAACGUGGGCAUGUGACAGCGACUGGCUGGAGGUGGUGGUUGCUUGCUUUGCAUUGGCUGAUGGCGGACUCGGUUUUUGCGGUUAUAUUUAGCUAUUGGUUCACACUGCAGUUCUCUAGUCGAGAAGCCUCCCUCACAGUCCCAGCAGUGACAUACUGAGAGAAAAAACCAAACCAGUGCAGGUCUGCGUCAAGCAACACAAAGCGUUCAUGCGUUACGGCGAGACUCCGGACCUGAAGUCGAAAAUACAUCAUCCGGAGGUUUAACAAACCCUUUUGUUUGCGGAGCUCUUUCCCCCCGAGACGCAGGACAUUUCAAGUUUGAACAACACUGCGCCCAAUAGCCGACUCGCAAGGUUCUGCAAAUGGCCAGUCCCGGUUUUGAUAUUGGGCGAAAUUCACACCAACAACAUCAGCAUCAGCAGUCUGAAUCGGCUCCCGAACCAGCUUUUCAAGAGGCGCAAAAAUGGAUCGAGGGGGUGACCGGCCGGUGCUUUGGUGAAAGGGAUUUCAGGAGCAGCCUGGAGAACGGGAUUUUGCUGUGCGAGCUCCUCAGCUCUAUUAAACCAGGACUGGUGAAAAAGAUAAACCGGCUUCCCACUCCCAUCGCUGGACUGGAUAACCUAUCUCUGUUUCGGCGGGGAUGUGAGAGCCUGGGUCUGAAGGGCACUCAGCUGUUUGAUCCUGGAGACCUGCAGGACACGUCCGUGCGAGCCAACCUCAGGGGCUCAGACUGCAGCAGAAAGCUGAAGAAUGUUUUAAUCACGGUAUACUGGCUGGGGAAGGCGGCUCAGAACAGCACAGAGUACAGUGGGCCUACGCUGGACCUGAAGGUGUUCGAAGGGCUGCUGUCCCAGAUGAAAAAGGAGUCUGAGGACACUGAGAACCCGAAGAGGAACAUUGGGGACAGCGGUUACGUAGACGGUUGUGACGCGGAGCGCAGUGAUUCACUCUCGCCCCCUCGCCACGGGCGGGACGACUCCUUCGACAGCCUGGACUCGCUCGGCUCGCGCUCACGGCAGACCCCCUCCCCCGACGUGGUGAUCCGGGCCUGCAGCGAGGGCCGCGGCAGCGACUCGGAGUCCGACGCGCCUCCCCGGAAGCUUCCGGACGUGCGGAAGGACGACAUGCUCACCCGCCGCACCUCCAGCAACGAGCCGCGCUCCACCGUGCCCUUCAACCAGUACCUGCCCAAUAAGAGCAACCCCGGCGCCUACAUCCCCACCCCCCUGCGCAAGAAGAGGGCGGAGCGGGAGGAGGGGCGGGCCGGAGGGAGCACGGCCACCUCCCCUACUGGGGGAGAGAGACCGUUCAGCCACCCUGAGACCAUCCUGGAGGAGGGUUCUGUGUUGAAGGAGGGUCAGGUCCCCUUUAAGAGGCUGGUGGGGCCAAAGAUAGAGGCGGGACACGUCCGGCAGAAAACGGUCACCUGGGGCGGGGAGAGCCGGGCAGAGCCAGGCCCGUGGGAGGGGCAAGAGGAGCAGGAAGUGCGCAGGAUGCAGAAGCUGGAGAAGGCGGGAAUCCGCGUACUUCCUGCUACCGUCCGCUACAGCAGCCUGAGACACGUUGCGGGGGAGGAGCCAAGGGAGGAAGCCCCGCCCCCCGUCCCCAGCAUCGUCCUGCGCAAGGACAACGAGUUCCUGAAGCUGCAGCCGGAGCACGCCUGGGACUCCGAGGAAGAGGAGGGGGAGGAAGGGCGCCGGCUGCCGGACGUGCAGAAGGACGACCUGGCCUCCCGCCGGGCCAGGGCGAGCCGGAACGCUCCCAGGGUGCAACACUUCCUGCCCUCGGCCUGCAGCGGGCGGGACCGGGAGGAGUGGGAGGGGAUCCGGCGGGCGUGGCAGCAGGCGGCGCACAGUGAAAGUGAGGCCCCCACCGCCCCCCGUAAAGAGAAGGAGGAGCAGGAGGAAGUGGGGCAGGGGGUCGCCCCCCAGGCCCUCCCCAACGUGGAGAAGGACGAUCUGUCCCGCAGGAGAGUCCAAAGCAGGCCCCUCCCCCUCAGAGACCCCCUGCAGACCUUUGUGCAGGCCUCCAUCACCCCGUCCGACCUGGAGAAGUGGCAGCGCCUCAAGAUGACCACCGAGCCCAGUGAGACCCCUCCCCCUGAGACGUCCCACGCCGUCCCCCGUAAAGAGAAGGAGGAGCAGGAGGAAGGGGGGCAGGGGGUCGCCCCCCAGGCCCUCCCCAACGUGGAGAAGGACGAUCUGUCCCGCAGGAGAGUCCAAAGCAGGCCCCUCCCCCUCAGAGACCCCCUGCAGACCUUUGUGCAGGCCUCCAUCACCCCGUCCGACCUGGAGAAGUGGCAGCGCCUCAAGAUGACCACCGAGCCCAGCGAGGAGCCCCCUGUUUGCCAGGCCUGCCUGGAAAAGGGCACCCUGCCCCCCGCCAUCCGGGCCGAGACCGCGGAGCAGGACGACCUGGCGACGCGUCGGGUCCGCGCCCAGCGCAGCAGCGCCCCCGCUGGCCGGCAGCGCUUCGUGCACUUCGGCCCCGUGACCGAGAUGGACCAGAAGUGCUGGGAGAGGCUGAGCAUUGCGCGGCCGGGGCAGGAGGAGGAGGAGGAGUGGGCGGGGCCGGGGAGCGAGGCCCAGACCCUCCGCCGCCUCCUCGCCUCAGCCGCUGUGGCCACGCCCACUAUUGGCCUGAGCUCCCAGCUGACUGAGAGGCCGGCCAGUGCUGGGCUGAGCGACAGGGAGCUGGCCUACCUGCAAGCUGCAGGAGGCGGACCGGACCGAACCUCACCCUACGAGCUGGCCUACCGGGAGAACGAGGCUCUGGACCAGAAGCUGGCCCACUACAGAGAGCGUGAGGAGGAAGAGGAGGAGGACGAAGAGGCUGGAGAGAGGGAGGGAAAGCAGCCUGACCUGGAGAAAGAUGACAUGCUGGCACGAAGGACUGGGGCUUUCCAGAAGCAGAGUGGGGGCCCCUCCUUCAGCAGAUUCCUUCCACAGCCGGUGUCCCACAGGGGGGUCCUGCUAGUUACCCCCAAUACCAGGGCUGAGGCCCUGACAGACACCCCUAAAACCAAGGCUGAGGCCCUGUCAGACACCCCUAAAACCAGGACAGAGGCCCUGUCAGACACCCCUAAAACCAGGACGGAGGCCCUACUAGAUACUCGCAAAACCAAGACAGAGGCGCUGCCAGAUACCCCUAAAACCAAGACAGAGGCCCUGCCAGAUACCCCUAAAACCAAGACAGAGGCCCUGCCAGACACCCACAAAGCCGGGACAGAAGCCCUGCCAGAUGACUCAGAGAGAGAGCCUUUCACGGAUAGCUCUAAAAGUUGGGGGAAGAUGAACACCAGGAGACCCAAAGCCAGACAGGAGCUCAGUGUUGCCACGUCAACGUUUCAUCACCCAGAAACCCAGAACGUAAUGCUGCAUCUCCCAGGACCCCAGAAAACAGAGCAUCAUCACCCAGACACCCAGGAAAUCAAGCGUAAUCACCCGGACCCCCCGAAAUAUGUGGUUGCCUCUGCCGCACCUGUUCCUGGAGUAGCAGAGGUGGUCCACGUGACCGCUGCCUGCCUGGACAGUCCUGACGACCGUGGCGAUGAUGAUGCUGAUUAUAAAGAAGAGGGCCUUCCAGAUUUGGAGAAAGAUGACAUGCAUGCUCGCAGGACCGGAAGGUUCCAGAAAGCGCCAGUCGGCAAUGUUACGUCAACCUUUAACCUUUUCUUACCUGUGCCCGGAUCUGUGAAAUUCAAAUCCACACCUACGCCCGCCUCCAACCCCUUGUCUCCGUCCAUCAGUCCCGCAAAGACAGAGCAAGACACACGCAGGUCAGAGGAAGUGGCUCCUCUUUAAAUUCUGUGUGUUCGUUUGUGGGGCAGCGCAUGUUUCGGUGUGUAUGGGACUGUUGAUGUAAGCAAGUCGUUUCUGUGAUGCAGGUCUCAUUGGCUCUUUAGGUUUCCUUGAACACUGAUUCAACUAAAAGAAUGAACGCUGUUGU